AUGAGUUCUAUGCACAGCUUCGAGCGGCAACCACCGCUACCAAGGGAUGCAAUCAUCUCUUUCCCAGAUCGCCAUGUGAUGAUGGUGACAUUUAACCGACCAAAGGCCCUGAACGCAAUGACCAGCCCUGCACAAUAUGAUCUUGAGGCGCUAUUCUCUUGGUAUGAUAGCGAGCCUUCACUUCGUUGUGCUAUCGUAACAGGUGCUGGCCGGGCCUUCUGUGCUGGGAUGGACUUGAAAGAAUGGAAUCAAACGAAUGCCCGUCGUGCAAAUGGAGAGCACGCAAGUCAACCCCCGAUGCCUCGAUCUGGAUUUGGUGCUUUAUCUCGGCGUCACGGCAAAAAGCCUGUUAUCGCCGCAGUUAAUGGAUUGGCUUUCGGAGGAGGAAUGGAGAUGGUUGCCAAUGUAGACCUGGUGUUCGCGGCCCAAAGUGCUAAUUUUGCACUUCCAGAGGCAAAACGAGGUGUUGUGGCUCUGGCAGGUUCCCUGCCAAGAUUAGCGCGUACGAUUGGCCGUCCAAGAGCCAUGGAGAUGGCGCUGACUGGGAAAAGCAUUACUGCUACUGAAGCAAAGGAUUGGGGGUUGAUUAAUGCCGUGGUAGAGGAUGGUGCGUCUGAUUGCGAAGUGCUUAAUCGACCUGUUGUGAAGGCAGCUUUACGCUGCGCUACCGCCAUUGUCAACAACAGCCCGGACAGUGUGAUUAUUAGUCGUGCUGGGAUCGUGGCUGGUUGGGAGGAUGGUAGUGCAGAAAACGCUAGUCGGUUGCUUAGUGAAAACUGGGAGUUCGCGCUGAAUGAAGGCGAGAAUCUCCACGAGGGAGUCAGAGCCUUUGCUGAAAAAAGAGCACCACAGUGGGUGGACAGCAAAUUGUAA